UUUUAAUAUUCUGAAUUUAAUUUUUUUUGUUUUGCUACAGAGCCGAUGGAGGAGAACAAGGAGAGUGAAGAUCUGCGUGAGGAACAUCAUGACAAACCUGGAGAAAAACCUUUCAGUCACUCAAAGGCUAAAAAGACAUUUUCAAAGAAAAGAAGAGCCGAGAAAACUUUCACCUGCGCUCAGUGCGGGAAGAGCUUCAAACGUGAAUCAAGUCUUGAGAUCCACAUGAGGAUCCACGCUGGAGAGAAGCCAUUCGUGUGUGUCCAGUGUGGAAAGAGUUUCAUGGACAAGUGGAAACAUAAAAGACACAUGAAAAUCCACACCGGAGAGAAACCGUUUACAUGUGAUCAAUGUGGGAACAGUUUCGUGGAUUCGGCGUACCUUAAGAUUCACAUGAGGAUCCACACUGGAGAAAAGCCCUUUACUUGUGAUCGGUGUGAAAAGCGAUUCUCAACCAAGCAAAGUCUUGAGCUUCACUUGAGGGUUCACACUGGAGAGAAACCAUUCAUGUGUGUACAGUGUGGAAAGAGGUUCUCGGGAAAAACAAACUGUCAGCGUCACAUGAGGAUCCACAUCGGAGAGAAGCC